GAAAAAUAAAUAUCACACACAACAACACAUUCUCUUCCUCUCUCUCACACUCCCUUCACUUUCCUUCGCUUUUUGCACCCAAACCCAAACCCAAUACCAAUCCUCAUCGCGUUCCUGUUCUCCGCUUCUUCCACCAAUCCAUUCCUCCCCCUCGUGGGGUUGCUUUCCCUCUCUUCCUCUCUCCCUUUGCUUCGCGGUUUCUCAACCAACACCAUUAGCAUCUGGGGUUACGAUUCCUUCUGGUUUUUUCCUUUUUUUGAAUUUGUGUGGAGGAGGGUUUGAAGGAGGGAGAAUGUCGAAGAAGAAAGUCAGUGGCAAUACCAUGACGCUCAAGGACUUCCAUGGCGGUUCUAUACCCUCUGAUCUCCCUCUUCCUUCUGCUCCCGGCGUAACUGUGAGGACUUCAGAUCGUUCUGGAUUUGACCGGCCUUCGUCGUGGGGAGCCCCGAUGGGGCGGCCGGAUCAUUGGUCUCGGCCGCACACGUCGCCGGCCACUAGGCAUUAUGAUGACAAGACCCCUUUUCUGUCACACACUGCCCCAAUUGGCAGGAAUUUUGAUGAGGAUGAGAGGAAGCCCCUUGAUGGUGGUUCGGCUCCUCGGAGAACUGUUAGUGAUGAGAGCACCCGUGCCCCCCCGCCUUCUCGUGUUGAGGUGAAGCCUGAGUAUGGACUGGGAGGGAGUUCAUUGGGUAGGCAAGUGGCUCCAGUGUCUCCGGCUGCUGUUGGGACAGUUAAUUCAUACUCGGCGAGGCUUACUGAAGCGGUUCACACGGGGAUGAAUACCCAUAGUUUAGGAGGUAGUAAGGAGCGGGGAGCUGCUACUGCUGCUGGUGGUGGUGGUGGUGGUGGUUAUCCAAAUGUAUGGUCAAUGAGGAAGGAGGUAGCAAAUGCUGUUGAGGCUGAGCAAUCUGCUCGGUCUGGUGCUAAUGCUGUUUCAAAGUUGGCUCAUGCAAGUGCUCUUGAGAAGGUGUCUUCUGGUAGAUGGCAGUCAAAGGCAGCCCAUUAUCAGAAUGAUGCUGAGCUGGUUAGAUCUCCGGAAGCGGAGAGCAGACAACGUGCCAAUGUUAAUGUCAACAAUGCUUACAAUAGGAUGGAUGCAGUUGGUGAAAAGGAGUAUUAUGAUGCAAUGCUAGCAAGGCAAGCUGAAAGGGGUUUAGGUAUUGAUAACCAGAUGCAAGGUGGUAGGAACGAGUUACUGGAUUAUGAGAAGUCUGGGGUUUCCAAGUAUCCAGAAGUACGGCCAAGAAGUGUACCUUAUCAGUCUGAUGGGGUUCAGCCUGCUCGAAAUGUAGGCAAACUUGUUGGGUCUGAAUUGAAGAACCCUGUACCUUCCGAACCAACUGAAAGACCUAAACUAAAUUUGCUACCAAGGAAAAAGCCACUGGAAAGUUCAGAACCUUCAGUUACAGAAUAUCCCCAGGGAUAUCGUCUGGGUAAUGAUUCUAGCCAUGUUGAAACUGCUCAUCAGGCACAUGGCCAUGCCAACUUUGUCAAGCCUGUAUCAGCUGGAACUGAGAGUGGAAAGGAGCUAGGACAGCGACCGAAGCUGAAUUUGAAGCCUCGGUCUCAGCCCCUUGAAAAGUUGGAAGUUAACACUGAAACAGGCAGGAAUGCUUUAUUUGGGGGAGCUCGCCCACGUGAACUAGUAUUGAAGGAGCGAGGGGUUGAUGACGUUGCGAUCAACACUUAUGAUGUGGUUGAGAAUUCAAAUAGGGUUGAGCCUAACAUUUUGAAGGCUGAGAAACUUCCUGAUCCUUCAAUCCAAUCUCGACACGGUGAAAAGGCUAAUGAUGCUCCUCUUGAUCAAAGAACAGGCAGAAAACCCGAAAGGAAAGAGCAAAGGGUAGAUGGUGAGAGAGGUCAUUCACAGAAGAGGAAUUGGCGUGGUGGUGAUAAUCGGAGAAACGCAAGGGAGACUGAGAGGCAGCAGCCGGCCCCUGAGAGGCCAGCUUCACCCGAGACAUGGCGUAAGCCUGUGGAGCAGCCAAAGCCAUCUCAGGGUGUUGGCGGCCCGCGCAACGGUAGAGCGGCUUCAGCAGUUGAACUUGCCCAAGCAUUCUCCAGAUCUGUAUCUGAUCCGAAAGUAAAUGACAGGUUUUCAGGUCAAAAUGGUCUGAACACUGGCCGUACACAACAAAUGCCUUUUUCGCGGCUUGUUGGUCCAACACCUAGGCCUCAGAUCAAUGGUUAUUAGGUCUUUGAUGGAAAAUUUGGACUCAUCACUGUCCUAUUUCUUGAAGGCAGCAUAGGAUUCGUGCAUACCAUGAAAUUGCUGAGCACUUGCUUGGAGUGGCUUUAUUCUUCAUCAUUUUCUCAUUCACAAGAAUGAAUGAAAGAAUUAGGUUGCAUUUGUCAUCAUCAUGACAAUCUACAAUCACGUUGUUUUACUUGACCCAUAUAAUUUGCUACCAGAACACUAAUUUUUUCUUGGUUUAUUUGGUGGGGGAGGAGAAAGAGCUGUUGACUAAUGAAAGCUGUAGUAGCACAAUUAUAGCAUAAAUUGUUUGUUUUAGCUUCCUCACCUUGCAGCUAUCUUGGAUUAUUUAUCGAUCAUGAUUAAAUCUUUUAUUUCUUUGUUCA